UCCGCUUUACCGGGAAAUGGACAUUUCCAACUGUCCGUAAACGCAGCAUUCGCCUGCCAUUGAAAGAGAGCAUGCGCAGAACGCGUUGUAAACAAUGAGACGAUUCCAGACCGUCUCCAGCAGCUUUGUGUCUCCAACACUUCAGAGGUCCAAAACUUAGCUGCGACUUUCCCUUAGCGGCGCAUAGAGCGACACAAUGCUGCUCGGGAGCUGAAGCAUGGAGGCGGUUCUCAGCAGGCUGAAGGGGCUAAGUGACGAUGAACUGCGUGAGGAGUUCGCGCGAGCAGAUCUGAAGUGUGGUCCCAUCACCUCCACCACGAGAGCCAUCUUUGAGAGGAAGUUGGCACGGGUGCUUGCUGGGCCAGAGAACAGCACCACUGAUGCAGACAGCAGCUCCUCUGCAGGUGUCUCAUCUGCCCCCACGUCAGUUGCUGACCAUGCCAAACCUGAGCAGAGUGCCAUGUCAGCAGCUGUUGGUUCUGCCACUGCCUCACCACACAGAAGCCAGAAUAAUUCUGCAAGAGAAGAGUCGGACUUUGGCUAUGGGGUGGGCCUUAACCCACCAGAAGAAGAGGAGAUCUCAGGACAGACUUUGAGAUGCUCUACAGCAGCCAGUGACUCCCACCCUCUGUUUGAAACCCCUUCCAAAGCAGCACAAGUGUCCCCAACCUUGUUUUUUGGAGUGUGUCCACCCUGGGAGGAUGUUCUGCAACGAAAUGAAAGAGCCCAUGUGUAUACAGAUAAAAAAGAUGCUCUUCAAGCGGUAAAGAUGAUGAAGGGGGCUCGCUUCAAAGCUUUCUCGAACCGAGAGGAUGCUGAGAGGUUUGCAAAGGGAGCAUGUGACUAUGUGGCGUCUCCAAACAAGUCUGCUCUGUGCGUGUCCCCUGUCAAACCUGGCCCAGUGUUGGGUAAAGAAAUCAUGGAGGUUGAUACCAUUAAUCGGGAGCGGGCCAACAGCUUCAAGAGCCUGCGCACACAGGACCUUACCGCCAAACUGAGGAAAGCAGUGGAGAAAGGGGACGAAGUGGCCUUCAAGGAGCUGGUCUGGAGCAACCCUCGCUAUCUCAUCGGCUCUGGGGACAACCCCACCAUCGUGCAAGAGGGCUGCAGGUAUAAUGUCAUGCAUGUGGCAGCGAAGGAGAACCAGGCCGGCAUCACUCAGCUUCUGCUGGACACUUUAGAAAACCCAGAGUUCAUGCGCCUCAUGUACCCGGACGACCAGGAAGUCAUGCUGCAGCAACGGAUCCGCUACAUUGUGGAUCUUUACCUCAACACUCCAGAUAAAGCUGGCUUUGAAACUCCUCUCCACUUUGCCUGUAAGUUCGGUUGCCCGGAAGUGGUCAAUGUCCUGUGCUCUCACCCCAACAUUGAUAAGGACAGAAUAAAUAAGGAUGGACAGAAGCCUUGUGAAGUCAUUUGCAGCCGAAAGGAUAAAACUCAAGAAGUGAAGCAGAAGAUCACUGAGUAUCUCGAGGACCGCUGCUACAUCCCCCUGUUGAGGGCGACAGACAACACAUCGCACCCUGUCAUUGGUGCUCCUUGGUCACCUGAAGCCUCAGAAACUCUCUCACUCAUCCAUCGCCACACCAGAAGCCCCAUGGAUCCUCUGAUGACGGUCACCGCCUUUGCUGGACCGUUGAGUCCUUCAAAAGCAGACGACUUCCGGCGCAACUGGAAAACGCCACCAAGAGACCGAGCAGAGUUUUUCCACAACAUUCUGAAGUCGGAUCCAGACCGUGGUGCAGAGAGAGUGGGCAGAGACCUUGCUCAUGAGAUGGGUCACCCGUGGGCCGAGUACUGGGACUUCCUGGACAGCUUUGUCGACCUGUCUUCAGCAGAGGGUCUCCGAAAGCUCGAGGAGUACCUGAGCAAAAGGGAUUUCAGUCCGCGCUCUCAUGAGGAGGCUGGGGAGAACGAAGCCAGCAACCGCUUCAGAACCCCAUCUCCAGGGAAGCCCAAAAAGUUCUGCAACUCCAUCUCAGUUGGAGCCUUCCUGGACGAGGGCGAUGACAUCAGCCUGGAGGAGAUAAUGAACCGGCAGAACGCCGCCCUCACCAGCAUCACAUCCUCUGCUGCAUCCAAGGAGGCCUUAAAAGGAGCGGUGGGCGGCCGGGAGCUGGACAUCAUCUCCAUCGGACUGCGCCGCGGCGGCGCCGACCUGAUCGAGGCGGCAGCCGAGCAGGACUCUCUGUGCCGCUGCGACGACAGCCUCUUGUCGCCCGGCCUGGCUUGUAAGAACGGCAUGUGCUCCUCCACCAGGGACAGGACUCACAAUGGGGACAAGUCGUCCCCUCGCUCCUCCCCGUCCUCCUCCUGCCUGCUGUCCCCCGUCUCCAACCUCAUGGUGGAGUUUGAGCGCAUGUCCCUGCAGGAAGCUGUGGACACACCCAGUAUCCUCCGCGAUCGGAGGAGGAACAGCGGCGGCAGCUGGCACAGAGACGCUGUCGAGGACCUGGAUGCUGGUCUGAACUGUCUGUCCCUCGGCCACAGCAGCCAAGACGCUGAUGCCUCGGAGGGACCGAGCUGGAAGUCAGAAGCCAGAGGCAGCGACGAGAGGAGCAGCAGCGACAGCUCCGAGGAGUAUUUUGAGAGCGUUGAGAGUCUGGAGAUGAUGGGCAGGACUAGGGGGUCGGGAGUGCGCAACUUGUGCGCCAGGUCAAAAUCCUGGGACCAUGGUGGGAGGGACUUGAGCAGUUCAGGAUCAUCGGAAUCUUCUUAUAAAUCCUUGGAAAACUCCCAAGAGUUCCUACCCAGGACCCCUCCUCACAUUCGGAGAGCGCUCUUCAUUGAGGGGGACUCGCCAUCCAAGUUGGACAGAGAGGUCCUGCUGGCAUUAGAGGGCGUGGACGUGGAUGCCCAGAAGUACCCCAGCAUUCAUAAGUGGAGGAGAACCAUGAGGUCCUACUCCCCGACUGAUAUGCAGAGCUGGCUGAGCCCUGCGGUGCCCAAACAGCGACUCAGGAUGCCUCAUCAGACCCCCGGCUCCCCGGUCAGCUGCCUGAUGUCGCCCUCUUCCCGCUUCAGUCCGGCACGACCUGCCGCCUCACCAGACUUCAGCCCUGGCCGCUACAGCCCUGCCAAUGCUAGCUACAUCCAACGCCUCCGCCACAAGCACUUGAACGACUCGCUGCUUUAACAGCCCCCCAACCCCCUCCUCCUACUGCAGCCGCCAUAGUCCCGCGCCCCCCCCCUUCUCCCCUCCAGCUGCAUCGAGGGGGCUCCAGCAGAGGUCAGAACCCACACACCAACACCCCAAAUAUGCACAAGGUGUGGAAGAGUAGUCUUGAUGGCGUACGGUACAACGUGUGUGUGUGUCUGUGUGUGUGUGUGUGUGUGUGUGUGUUCUACUGGACCGGUGUGGGCUGGACAGUGGCGGCGUGUUUGGACCGCGGUCAGCGACUGUCAACGCGUGAAGCACCUGCGUCGUAACCCGAGUCGGCCUUUUUCAUUUGGAUAUUGAGAGUGGGGAGCCACACUCUCCAAAGUCGAGUUUGCCACUGCGUCAUGUCAAAAACAAUGUUCUUAAAAAAAUGUUGAUAAUGUUUUAAAAUGUUUUUUUUGUAUGUUGGUCAGUAGCACAAUAUUGUUAACGUUUUUAUGAAUGGUGUUAAACCGACUGCCAUUUCCUGCGUUCUCCUCAGUUCAGGAAUUGCCUUAAUUUUCUGAAGUGACAUUUGGGACACGCACACGCUCGUUUAUCUAAAACCAUGCGAAUGAUUGCCGAGGCUGAGAUCUUCCAUGCUUUUAGUUUGUUCUUCAAUAAAUGGAAUCAUUGUCCAUCCUUUCUCCAUCGUUCCUGGAGACCAUUCUCUGAAAAGCCUCGCACACGUUGAGCAACAAAAGGUGCUGCUCAACAGUGAUGGGUCGAUGAGACUUCAUGAAACAGUGUCCUAAUCUUCUGGGGCCACUAGAUGGCGCUCUUGGUUUAGACAUGAUGUGAGGUUUCAUUGGAUUAGUUGUUCAAGUCCAAACAUUUUACAGCAUACAGCACCAUCUGGUGGCUUCUGAAAAUCAGGACACUGUUUCAUGAAACCUCAUGGAGCCCUCACUAGUGCUCGAUGGUCAUGUGUGGCAAGUAGUGGCCAAUAAAUACCAAGUACUGAACCACUUACAGUGAAACAUUAGGCUCCUGUAGACACUCGCUGUGUCACAGCUCACACAUACAACGUAACAGGCCCUUUAUUGGUGUUCUUUGUUCGGAAAAUGGUAAUAGAAUUACUAUUGAAUAAUGACUGAAGGCUGGCUAUAACACAACACUUUUACCUCCCUCAAUUUUUAGGAAUUUUCCACCUUCAUUCUUGACUUUUUCAAU